CACGGACAGAGCAAGCGCACUACCUGCCUCGUACUCACUUUUGCAUGUCGCUGGUGUACUUGACAGCUAUCAUUGCCAUGCUGUGCGGCCUUGCUGCUGGUAGCGCGCCUUUCCGUGGCCUUCCCGCUGGCGCCAGCUACACGGAUUGGAGCCCGCCGGCGUCGUCGGUGGGCAUCUCCUACACCAACGACACCAUCUCGACGAGCGUGGUGACGCCUGCAGGAUUGGUUGUUGCCGCCUACUCUUUGAACGUCGGAUAUCGUCUGGUGCUGAUUCCGUGGGAUGGGUCCGGUCCAGCGCCGGGCAUGGUCCGCAUCACCCCGCCCCAGUACUCCAUCGAUGGCAUGGCAGUCGACGCCGCCGGGCGGGUCUUUGUCUCGGCCCACGGUGGAAGCGAUGGAGAGGUCUUUGUGACCGGAGUGGCCACCGAUGCCAAGAAGGGAAUCUUGUUCCUGUGGUCAAAGUCGCUUGUGCCUGGCUCGGGCGUUCCCAUCUCGUACUUUGUCUCGGUCACCUUUGACGUCGACGCCGGCAACGUCCUCCUCGCCAACAACACCCACGUGGCGGUCAUCGAUGGCGCAACUGGAGUCACGCAAAAGGCCUCGCCAGCGGUGGGUGGAGGUAUCAAUCUGCUGUCGGGCGGCGGCGUGAUGGUGUGCAAGGAACUGUACGUGGCGUCAGGCGCAGUGUUGAGCCAGGCCGGUGUCACCAUGCACCUGGUUGGGUGGGAGAAGAACACACUCGCACCAGUCUUCUCGACCGCUGUCGAUGCCUCGGGCCUCGCGUCGGAUGAGUCGUUUGGAUCGUUUACAUGCGGUUCCUCCGAGCCGGUUGUCUACGGCGUCGUCUCCAAGUGCCCACCGUUUUCGGAGACGUGCGAGCUCUCGCGGUACGCUGUCUUUGACGCGGCGGUCGCCAGCAGCGCUGCCGCCGGCGCGCGGAUUUAUCUCAGCCCGUCGACAACCUAUCUUGAUCUCACGCUCAUCUCCACCGCCGGCGCCGACUAUCUGCUCGCCGAGAAGCAGCCGUUCCUGAUCAAGCAGAACGAGCUGCAGCUGCUGACCUCGUCGGGCUCGACAAUGUGGACGACCCACGUUUCGCAGUCGACCUAUUUUAGAGAGUUUCUGCAGGCCGGCUUUGAGCUCGUCCUCGGCGUCGGCCUCAAGCCCAUCGGCGUCGUCAUCUCACUGAAUAAUGGGGCGCAGAGCUCGUGGGGCACACUCGAGGUUCCAACCGGCUUCUCCUCGCAGGGCUUCACCCUUGUCAUGGGCUCCUCGACGCCCGCCCCGUGGAUCGUGGCGCUCGGAACUCUCAACGGCGACGGCUCGUGGCCGACCGCUGGAGGAGGCGAAGGCCCGUAUGCCGCCUUUGCCACCGCCCCACUCGCCCUCAACCGAAAGUGGACGGUGCGACCCAAGUUCCGCUACGUCAAGCCACCGCCACCGCUGCCGAUGAUGUCACCGCCGCCGACGCUGGCUCGGUCGCCAUCUGGAUCGCUCAUGUCGUCGCGAUCAGAGGCAACCAUGCAGAGUACGCUCCUUGCUGUCCGUGCUGCCGUCUCGUCGUCGUCGUCGUCGUCGUCUGCACUGCCUCGGGCUGAAAACACCGAGGCUGCUGUGUCGGCAGAGCUGGAGCGGUUGGAGGCAUCGUGGCGGUCGCUGCUAGAAGUCAACGCGACGGUGAAGGACUCGCUGGCGGCGUAUGAGGCGGCGACGGCCAAGAUCGAGGCAGCCAAGAUGGCGGAGAUCCGCGAGACAGAGGUCGGCGCAAAGUGGCGGACGUCCAAGGCCAAGGCCAAGAGCCAGGCUGAGCAGGCUGGCGAGGAGUUUGACGAGAGUGACCCGCGCCAUGCGCAGCGGCGCCGCGAGGCCGAGCAGACGCACGCCGCGCUGGAGGCCAUUGUGGAGGCGUCCAAGGAGUCUGUCCAGGACCUGGUUGUCGACCACACCCGCAAAGCGAUUGUGUUCAACACUGACGUCCGCGAAAUCGGCAACUGGUUCGACCUCCUUGCUGCGCAGAGCUCCGAGUUUGACCGGACACUCGGGCUCGACAAGGACGUAGAGGAGAUGGUGGAAAAGUCGUGGGAGGACGUGGCGUCGGGCAUGUCGGUCGAGGGCGUGGUUGAGACCAUCUCGGCGGUGUUCUCGGAAAAGUGGCACGAGGUGGCCAACCUUGUGGCCUCGCUCGCCGACUCGUACGCGGCGCGAUUGGCGGCGGCUGACAAGCUUGCAGCCGAGCAUGCCGACCUCAAGGCGUACGCGCAAACCGCCGGUGCGGCGGUGGUUGCGCUCAAGGACGCGGUGGCCAAGUACGAGGUCCAACUCGCUGACGCCGCCACCGUCACUCGGAUGCUCGAGUCCAAGCUCGCAGCGCGGGCGGCUGAGGAGCUCGAGUACUCGGUUCAAGCGCAGUCUGCGCUAGAGGAGCUGCGGAGCCAGGUUCAGGCCGACGCGGUUGCGCACCAGGCCGAGGUGGAUAAGCUCAAGCACGCGCUCGCUGUCGCCAACGAGGCCAACCGCAUCGCCUCCUCGGAAUCGUCGACCGCCCGCGAGCUGCGGACGGUCAAGGGCAUCAUGGCCAAGCGCGAGCGCGAGCACGAACUGGCGCUCUCGCGGGUGCACGCCAAGGUUCGCGAGCUCCAGUCAGAGCUCCUGGUCCGCGACUCGGUCGCCGCCAAGCACCGCUCCAAGCUGCACUCGAAGCUCGAGACCAAGGCUUCGCGCGCGGUGUCCAAAGUCAAGGCCGAGGAGGAGACGCGCAUCCGUGCGGCGGAGAACAAGCACAAGCGAUCGCUCGCCAAGCUCAUUCGCCAGCACCACCGCGAGAUCGAGCGGCAGGCCCGCGACCUGACGCGGUCGCUCUCGUCAAAGAACCCGGAGCUCGCCGGCGCGUUCGAGUCGCUCAAGGUCGCAUACGAGGCUCGCAUGUCGGCCUUUGUCCAAAAGUCGGACAUGUACCGCGACCGGGCAAAGGCCGCCGAGGCUCGGCUUGGCGCUGUCACCCUCGAGAACCAGAAGCUGCGCCAGAAGCUGCGCGCUGUCGCCGGCAAAAACUUUGACCUCUCGGCCACGUUCCAAUCGUCGGGCCUCUCCGACUCAGCCGUGUCGGAUACGGACGACUCGGCGGUCUCAGACGGAAGUGCCGGCUCGGGGAGCUCGCUCGAUGAGCUGGUGGCGUCGACCCGAUCGGUGGCCUCGGUCAUGGCCGCCGCCACCAAGCAGCGGGAGCGGGCGCAAACGCUGCACAUGGGCGCGCUCCGUGCGCUGCGGGCACAUCUAGUUCUCGAGCGCGAGCGCGCGGUCCAGGAGACGACCGACGACAUGGCGGUGAUGGCCCAGGAGCGUGACGCAGCCCGCGCUCGCAUUAGCCAGCUUGAGGAUGAGCUUGCCGCCGCACUCGACCGCUCAAAUCUGCUUGAGCUCAAGACGCAACUUGUGUCCGAGACCUUUGACGCAGCGGCCGAGGCCGAGCUCGCGUCGCUGGCGCGUGCCGCACAGGCCGCAGAACCAUCCCCGGAGACCCUUGCCAGGACCUCUCACAUCGAGCGCCUUGCCAAGCUCAAGGCAGACAUCGACGCGUCGAUGACGGCGAGCCGGACGCUGAUUGAGCGGGUGCGGAGUGAGGCUGCCGAGGCGCUGGCAGCUCAAAAGGCUGCACACGCCAAGAUGCUCUCUCGCUACGAUGGGCUCGUUGUCAAGCUUCAGGCGCAGCUCAAGCUGCACAACGACUCUAGCGUGGCGCUGGUUGAUCCUGUGGCGCCAAAGGUAGCCCAGCCGACUUUGUCGAGCGAGACCAGCACCGGUGGUGAGCUCUCGCCUCCGGCUCUGGCAGCGUCGAUGUCGUCCGUUGAGUUUAAGACAACGGCGGCGGGGCCGAGCGUGGGAGAGCGGACCGCUUCGCUUGGCCGCCGCCGCCGGCGGCCGGUGCUGCAUGACCGGCGGGUGGCCUCGCUCGGCAAUAACGCGCUCCAACGGACACUAGCCCGGUCACGAUCGAUGACCGGCUCACAGCCGACGGUGAGCACCAAGGACAAGGGCGUCCAAGUCGAGAUGCUGGUGAGUUUAGAGCCCGAGAAGAGGGCGAUGGGCAGCGAGAAAGGUGCGCCGCAGGUCCAGUCCCCGGUCCCGCCGCUGGUCCAGGCCCCGGUCCCGCCCCCGCCCCUGGCCCGCGGCGAUGUCACUGUUGAGCACAGAGCUGGGAGCGACGCUGGGGGCGACGCUGAGGGCCUAGCUGACGCAGCGGCCCAGGUCGACGAAGUCUGGGUUGUGCUUGAGGUGACUCGCGAGGAGCUGGCCAAGACGCGGAACGAGUUGCACGCGCUCCGUGAAGCAAUGAUCAAGGCAGCAAGCGCCGAGGCCAAGUCGGCAGGCGAUGGCAACGAAGCUCGUCUGCUGCUACUUGUGGAUCAGCUGGAGGAGGCGUACCGCGAGUUGGAAGAAGCCCGGGCUGCGCUAGAAGCCCGGCCGGAGGCUGAUCAGGCGGCAACAGCCAGAGCAGGAGCGCCGGCGGCUGUCGAGUCCGGGACGAGGGUCGGCCCGCGGGCGCGGACGCUGCGUGUGGCAGACAAGAGUGCAGGGCGUGGCAGCAGCAUGCCGCGGCCACCGGCGCUGGCGCGGACAGCACCGCAGGCGGCAACCAGCGGCGACGGUCAUGCCGGAGGCGACGACGACCCCGAGGAUGCGAUGCCACUGCCCUCGGUGGCGCUGGAAAAGCCGCGGGCGGUGGUCGAGUGGGUGGCGCAGCGGAUGGACCACAUGCUCCACACGCGACAGGCAGUGCGACGUGCGCGGCACGCCAAGGAAGCCGCCGACGCAGCGCGCGAGGAGGAGCGGCUGCACCAGAUGAGUGUGGCAGCGCAUUACGACUUUGCGGCUGCGAUGCGGCGUGUCGAAGAGCUGCGGACCGCGCUCGACGAUAAGAGUGACCGCGACGCGGCGGCACGGCUCGAGCUCCGGGCAGCGCUGGCCAAGACCAAGUGGGAGGCGAAGCGAAUGAGGCUGCUUGAGGAGCGGAACCGCAACUAUGCGCGGAUGCUGGCGUCGGUCAACCUGUAUGUGGAAUGUGAGGCCGAGUUUGACUCGCUGGUGGCGCGGCGGCUGGUGGGCGGAGUGCGGGUGCGAGCGCACACAACACGGUCACUGGUGGCUGUCGGACGGCGCGGAAGUGUGGCGCCGGCGUCGUCGACCAUCGGCGCGCUGUGGGCCUCGCCGGUAGGCCCGCGGCCGCCGCCGGGCAUGCCGCCGAUGUGGCACUCGGCCAACGCGCUCUCGUUUGCGGUGGCGAGCCCAAAGGGCCGGCUGAGGCGACCGCGUGGGAAGAAACGGCGGCUGCGCAAGGCGCGCCGUGGGCGCAAGGCCUCCAGGGGGGAUGCGCGGCCCGCCCACGCCUUUCGCCGACUCCCGACCAAGGGCCUCCGCGGCAAACUUCUCGGCGAGCGGCCGCCGCCGGCGCCUCCGGCCAGCAACGUCGACACGAGCACCUAUUCCAGUAGCGAGCGUGACAUGGAAGUUGUAGGGCGCGGCGAUGAGCGGCGGAUGCGCCCGCAGUCUGCGGCGGUGGCCAGCUUUGUGGAGGCCGUGCAGGAGGAGCCGAUUGUGUGAUGCUGUCGAUUGCAGCUGUUUUACAGACCAUGGGGGAACGCGCAGGCGCAGAGCGCAUGACAGUGCGGCGCGGCGCAGAGUGAUAAAGGGUGGCGCAGAGCA